AGGGAGGAGGGGGGGAAACCGAGGUGCAGGGCGUGCGGGCGGUGCGGCCGGGCGAAGGAGGUGCCACCAUGCCAACUACUAGCCAGCAGUCUCCGCAAGAUGAGCAAGAGAAGCUUCUGGAUGAGGCCAUACAGGCUGUUAAGGUGCAGUCUUUCCAAAUGAAGCGCUGCUUGGACAAAAACAAGCUAAUGGAUGCCCUGAAACAUGCCUCGAACAUGCUUGGUGAGCUGAGGACUUCAAUGUUGUCUCCAAAGAGUUAUUAUGAAUUGUAUAUGGCCAUCUCUGAUGAGCUCCACUACCUGGAGGUGUACUUGACGGAUGAGUUUGCUAAGGGAAGGAAGGUGGCUGAUCUGUAUGAGCUGGUUCAGUACGCUGGAAACAUCAUCCCACGGCUCUAUUUACUAAUAACUGUUGGGGUGGUCUACGUGAAGUCUUUCCCUCAAUCUCGAAAGGACAUCUUAAAAGACUUGGUGGAAAUGUGUCGUGGGGUCCAGCAUCCUUUAAGAGGCCUGUUCCUUCGCAACUAUCUUCUUCAAUGCACCCGGAACAUUUUGCCUGAUGAUGGAGAGCAGAUAGACGAAGAAACCACCGGGGACAUCAGUGACUCCAUGGACUUUGUGCUGUUGAACUUUGCUGAGAUGAAUAAGCUCUGGGUGCGAAUGCAGCACCAAGGGCACAGUCGAGAUCGGGAGAAGAGGGAGCGUGAGAGGCAGGAGCUGAGGAUCCUGGUGGGAACCAACUUGGUCCGGCUCAGCCAGCUGGAAGGCGUCAACGUAGAGAGAUACAAACAGAUUGUCUUACCUGGCAUAUUGGAACAAGUAGUUAACUGCAGGGAUGCGCUAGCUCAAGAAUACCUAAUGGAAUGCAUCAUACAGGUUUUCCCAGAUGAAUUUCACCUCCAGACUUUGAAUCCUUUCCUUCGAGCGUGUGCGGAAUUACACCAAAAUGCGAAUGUCAAAAAUAUUAUAAUUGCAUUAAUUGACAGACUUGCACUCUUUGCCCACCGAGAGGAUGGACCAGGGAUCCCAGCGGAUAUUAAACUCUUCGACAUUUUCUCCCAGCAGGUGGCUACAGUCAUACAGUCUAGGCAAGAUAUGCCUUCGGAGGACGUGGUGUCAUUACAAGUCUCGCUCAUUAACUUGGCCAUGAAGUGCUACCCAGACCGCGUGGACUAUGUGGACAAAGUGCUGGAGACAACAGUGGAGAUUUUCAACAAGCUUAACCUGGAGCACAUUGCAACCAGCAGCGCAGUUUCCAAGGAGCUGAUGAGACUCUUGAAGAUCCCUGUUGAUACCUACAACAACGUCCUCACUGUCCUGAAACUGAAGCAUUUCCAUCCUUUGUUCGAGUACUUCGACUAUGAGUCCAGAAAGACCAUGAGUUGUUACGUGCUUAGCAACGUGCUGGAUUACAACACAGAAAUUAUCUCCCAAGACCAGGUAGAUGCCAUCAUGAAUCUGGUUUCAACGCUAAUUCAGGACCAGCCAGACCAGCCGGCAGAAGAUCCAGACCCUGAAGACAUGGCUGACGAACAGGGUCUUGUAGGCAGGUUUAUCCACCUGCUUCGUUCAGACGAUCCCAAUCAGCAGUAUCUGAUUUUAAAUACCGCGCGGAAGCACUUCGGUGCUGGUGGGAACCAGCGCAUCCGUUACACGUUGCCGCCAUUGGUGUUUGCUGCGUAUCAACUCGCAUUUCGCUAUAAGGAGAAUGAGAAAGUGGAUGACAAAUGGGAAAAGAAAUGCCAGAAGAUCUUCACUUUUGCUCACCAGACCAUCAGCGCUUUGAUUAAAGCCGAGCUGGCGGAACUUCCUCUCCGUCUCUUCCUUCAGGGAGCUUUAGCCGCUGGAGAAAUUGGCUUUGAGAACCAUGAAACUGUGGCCUAUGAAUUCAUGUCUCAGGCAUUUUCUCUCUAUGAAGAUGAAAUCAGUGAUUCAAAAGCCCAGCUGGCUGCAAUCACGCUGAUAAUUGGGACAUUUGAGCGGAUGAAGUGCUUUGGCGAGGAGAACCACGAACCUUUGAGAACUCAGUGCGCACUGGCGGCUUCAAAAUUGCUGAAGAAGCCAGAUCAGUGCCGAGCCGUGAGCACCUGCGCCCAUCUUUUCUGGUCUGGCCGGAACACAGACAAGAAUGGAGAAGAGCUCCAUGGAGGCAAGAGGGUCAUGGAAUGCUUGAAAAAGGCGCUGAAGAUAGCCAACCAAUGCAUGGAUCCCUCCCUGCAAGUGCAGCUCUUCAUAGAAAUUUUAAACAGAUAUAUCUACUUUUAUGAAAAAGAGAACGAGACGGUGACAAUUCAGGUGUUGAAUCAGCUCAUUCAAAAAAUCCGGGAAGACCUUCCUAAUCUCGAAUCGACCGAGGAGACAGAACAGAUCAACAAACAUUUUCAGAACACACUGGAGCAUUUGCGUUUGAGGAGGGAAUCCCCCGAAUCUGAGGGGCCAAUUUAUGAAGGGCUGGUCAUUUAAACAAAAGACACCCGCACUCACCCACCCAUCCACCCAUCCCGGUCCCAUCCUGUGGGCGCUUGUCCCUCUGUCUUUCCAUGUACAACACACAUGGCAUUUUGUUGUUCAUUAUCAUUCUUCUUGCAUUAGAGAUCAUAGACUUUUGUGCCUUUUGGGAGUGCCAACAAUAGGCUUUCGGUUCACUCUUCUUCUCUUGUGCGUGCGUGCGUGUGAAUGUGUGAAUAUGUUCCAGGCUGCUGCUUCCAAGCAUUUGGGAUUUAAGUAUUCCUGUCAGAAUUUCCAAGGUAUGGACUAGCAGACCAAUAGAAAAUUAGCAUGACUGAAUCCGUUCUUCUAAAAAUUCCACAUGGUUGUACAUCUCUCCCCUCCCCCUCCCCCCUUGUCUUCUUUUUCUCUCCUGCUCUUCUGUCCUCACAUUUCCGCCCAAAAGCCAUAUAAUCUCUAAUCCACUUUUUCAUCUGCAAGUGUUACUAAGGCUGUGGACUAUUUUUUUUUUAAAUAAUGUUUCAUUUUCUUGUCUGUCAGAUUUCGCUUUCUCUCUCUCUUUUUUUUUCCAUAUUUGUCAGAGUUCUGUCAGAUUCCCCCCAGCCCAAAUAUCUUCAUGCAUGUAUUUGGAGUUAUAAAGCACCAUUCUUUUAAAAAAAGGAAAGAAAUUAAACCAAGAAAGUUAUAUUUUGCAUAUGGGGACUCAAGUGACAUACAGUGAGGGUUCAGUAUAGUACACAGGGCAUAUUUAUCAAGAUAAUAGUAAGAAAAUUCAAAUCAGACGGUGGUCUAUAGAGUAUAUAACCUUCAGUACUGUCAAAUUAGGGGGAAAUGCAAUCUGUAUCCUUAAUUUGUGCCAGUAUAACAAUAAAGUUGCUAUUAAUGGAUAUGGCCUCAACUAUCUCCUGUUGCAUUUAAUGAUCAUUCUAGCUCUUUUUUAAAAAGACACUGCAAUUGAUGAUUGUAUUAAGAGCGCUGGUCGUUGUGGUCUGCCAGUGGCCAGCAGAGCUGGCAGCAGAUUCGGAC